CGAAAGUAGAAUGACUUCUUCCUUCCCUUAAUAUGAAAAUUGAAGGUUGGCAUGGGGACUGCUCAUGAAGUUGAUGAUCAUGAAGUAUCUAAAAAGAAUAUAUUCAGUCAAAAGAAAAAUGAUACUUCCGAGAUAGUCUCGAAACUGCGAGCUCAGUUUUUGAACAAGGGCUUAGAAAUCUACCCAUUUAAGGUUGUAUGAAAAUGAAUGUUUAUAUUUUAAUAAUAAUAAAUACUCAAAUUAGGCUACAUAAUAAUUUAGAUUACAUUUUUGUAAUUUUUACAGCACGUUCUGUCACCCACUUCAGACUUCUUAUGUAUACCAAGGCCGGAUUUAGCUAUCUGGAGGCCCUAGGCUAAUAAUUAAAAUGUAAUCUACCACUUGAGCGAUGGUUACAAAAAAAUCCAGUUGUUCCAGUUUGAGGUGAUAUUACUAUUUAAACAAUUAAUAUUAAUAAUAUUAAUCAUAUUAUUAUUAAUACUUCCACUUCCACAGGAUAUACCAUCGUGGAAAUAAGAGAGAGUGAGAAGGUCACUGGGUUUUUGGUGGCAUAGAAAGAGUGGGUGCUGUUUUAUCUUGGAAGUGCCAGACCGACGUGCUAUCACUUUACAAAAGUGUAGGCCCUAUAUUAUAGUAUUAUAAAUUAUAGAAAGAUAUAUCCUUUCAGGCUGACUGAUUGUAUCAUACGGGCAGGGCUUAUGUCAAUAUAAACCAAAUCAGAAAUCGAAUAUACGAACACUCCGUUGUGGUGCAGCAACAAAAUUUAGUUGAUCCAAAUUGUUCAAAUUCUUUUUUUUGAUUUUGAAAUUGUUUUAGUUUUUCUAUCCAAAAAUUUUGCCUUUGAUUUUGAUUAUUUGUAUUAUAAUUGUGCUGAAAUGAAUAUGUCAUGUACAGUGUAUGUAAAAAAAGAUAAUACCGGUAGUUUUAAUAGCACUUAGCACUUCAAACCGUAAAAACUGGAUUUUGUCGUAGCUGACGCUCAAGUGGUAGAGAUUACCAAUUAAAAUAUGAGGCUGCUUGGAAUCAACACCCCCAACCCAUUUUUUGAAAUAAAUUAUUGAAACAAAAGGUUUUAAGGUAAAAAUUUAAUUUUGCUCUUAAACACACAAUUGCCAAUUACUAUUAGACUUCAUUUAGCAUACUGACACUGCUCACUGCUGUAAGUUUUAUUUAUAACUUAUAUCAUUUAUUUAAAAAAAAAAAAAAAGUACAUAUUCAUGCUUUUAUUAUUAUUACCAGCAAUGUGUUCUUAAGAAUAAGGUGGCAAUGUCUACCUUACAGUGCAGCAAUAAAUAUUAAUUUAAAUUAUCAUUAUCAUAUGAUACAAAUGGAUAGAACAAGAAGAUUAAAAAGUUUGACUGAAGAAAUAUUUUAAUAAAUAAACAAAAACGGAACAAAUAAUGUUUUCAAGUUCAUCAAAUGCUUUAAUUUUGUGUAAAAAAAAAACCUUUAUGUAACCUGUUAAAAGAUGCACAAGCACUCAAUAAUAAUUUUUAUUUAGCCAGGGCCAGCUCAAUCUAUGGUACCGACAAAUGGGGAAGUUGCCCGGAGCUCCCGCGCUUAGGAUGCUAUCAGCAAUCUUAAAAAUAUGAAAAAGCAUUGCAUAUGGGGGCUAUGGAAGAAAAAUAAUUUUUAGUGCCAAAUGUUUGUCUGCCAUUAGACAUAAAUGGUAUGAUUGUGCACAGAAAGUGGUUGCAAAAGUUACUGCUGACAAAGGCAUCCGAUUCCUUUGUAGGUGCAUUGAAUUCUUUUAAAUUUGCCCCUAUGAUAAUGCUUCUAAUAUAAAGGGAAAAAAUAAAGGAAUGCAGGUACGGAUUAUGAAGGAAAAUCUACAGGCUUUUUAUAUACCAUGUAGAUGUCAGACUAAACUUUGUGAUUGGUGACAGUGCAACAAGUUGCCUGGAAUCCUCUUUUUUUGGUACUGUCCAGCGUCUAUAUGUUUUUUUCUGCCUACCGGUAUCCUGAAUGAUAGUGUCAGUGUCACUGAUUAUUUAAUUGAUUAUUGUGCAAAAGGAUUUGGAAAUGCUCUAGAGUCAGCAGAAAAAUAAAGUAUAGAUUUAGAUGUAACAACCAUUUUUAGAAAUAAAAGAAUAAGGAGAAGGAGGCUGUUUGAAUAUGAAUGCACUAACAAAGUUCCAACUGCAGGUGACCCAGAAAAUAAUCAUGUGCUCAAUGCACUGGACAGAGCUAUACAUUUUUUAUCAGAGAGAUUUGAACAGUUUCAAAGUUUUAAUAACUGAUGGGAAUUUUUAAAUGACCUAAAAAAUCUGCCGUACAAAGAUAAGCUCAAAGUAGCAUGUCAAGGUUUGGAGAAUAAGUUAAAGCAUCAAGAACAUAUCUAUAUAAAUGAAUGUGAUUUGUUGACUAAACUAGAUAAUAGCCAAAGAAAUAUUUCCUCAUGAUGUAAACUUCUAUUAGAAAUUGCUAAAUUCAUAAUCACUAAUAAGUUACCGGAUGUCGAGCCAAAUCUUUGGGUAGGAUUUAGAAUAAUCCUUACAAUACCUGUUACUGUAGCCACUGGCAAGAGAACAUAUUUACGAUCAUCCAUGUCUCAAUACUUAGUUUAUUUAAAUAUCAGUUAGAUUGAGAUUAUUUCACACCUGCUUAUUCAGUUUAGCCAUAGUUGCUGCUGCUUUUGCGAUCCAUCAUUAUCUAACUAUUUAUUUUUCUCUCCCAUGGAUUGAAUAUCUAACACUUUACUGUAUAUUUUUCUCUGCCAUGGAUUGACCAGGUUCUCAAUAGUAACUUGUCUCUAUUAUCUCUCAAGGUUGGUUGGUACAAUGAUGAGGUAGAAGAACUAUUUCAUUUCAACUUUGAUCCAGACACCCUGGCAGUUCUAGUUGUUAGUACACCAGACAUGUUUGAGAGAGCACUUGUGCCUUUUAUGUGCAGUGAUGAUUGCACAGGAACACUUGACUUGCUAGACAAAUGCAUGAAGCACAAUUUCAGCCUUGUCAGGAGGGUAAAACUGUACAUUUCAUUCAUUCUCAUUUAUAUCAAAAUCAUCCCAAGUAACUAAAGGGUUUUUGGGUUCAGCUUUAAAUUUAAAAAAAAUGUAGAAAUUAAUAUUUAAAAUUUGCCAAUAACAUUAUGUAUUUGAUUUACAAGUAAAUGACACCUAUAUAAUUUAAUGAUAUCCAUAGAAUGCAACCUGGGAGAGAAACCCUAUACCCGGUAUACUCCCACAUUUCCUGUAAACAUAAAUAUUGUAAGAGACAUGAGGGAGGCAAUUAACCAUUAGUGAUUUUAAUCAUAUAGAGAUCAUACAAUAAUGGAGCUUUGAAAUCAAGUCAUAAGGGAAAUAAAAAUGUUAAGUAAUAAUGUUUGGAUACAAAAUAAUAGACACAAGCUUUAUAAAUCAACAGAUCUUUCCUGAUGAAGAUAUCGAAAUUAUGCAUGAUUUUGAAAUGACACCAUCAAGACGCCCAAAAGUUCUUGUUCAGCCAGCUGCACAUGUGGCUGGGGCGGCCUACUACUAUACUGCUCGGAGUUUAGCACCUAAUCCAUUUAAACAGGUAAUUAUAGUUGCCGGAGAGGGAGUUGAGCAAGAAAAAAAUAGUUUAUAGCCAUUGGGCAUAUUAUACGGUAUCAGUAAUGGGUUUCAUCACAUUGAAAUUGUGAUAAAUUGCAUUGUAAGAUUUUCUUUGACACUUUUUUAAUUAAACAGCCCAAUGGAUUUGUUUUCCAUUCAGUUUAACAAUUUGUUAAAAAUUAAAACCAUUUAAAUAUUUAUCUCUUCUUACAUUGUCAAUGUCAUUGGAGUCAUGUGUGAAACUUUGGAGACUUAAAAAUGAGUGUACUUGACCAGUACAAAUUAUAAGGGACAAAUCACAACACAGUUUCAUCCUUAAAGUGUCCAAAAUUAUAAUAAAGACAUAAAUAAAACACUAUUAAGCAAAGAAAAUUGAUUCAAUGAGUUUUUAAUCAGGUGAUUACCUGGUUAAUGAAAAUCACAUAUUCAUCAUUCUUAGAAUAUGUCAUAAAAGAAUUGAAUUAGCUUUUAUGUUGACAGGAUUCUUGUUGAAUUAUUAUGAAAUAGGUAUCGGUAGUUUAAAGUAAUAUGUUUUCCUCAGAAAAUCUUUGGUGUCUGCAUUCAUCCUGUGUAUGGCGGGUGGUUUGCACUUCGUGGAGUUUUCAUUUUCAAAUCUGUGCGAGCCGCUGACCUUCCCCGUAUUGAUCCAGUUGACUGUGUGCCAGAACAAGAGAAGAGGGUGGAACUCCUGGAUUUGUUCAACAAUUAUUGGAAAGAUAAUAGGUACAGGGACAUCAUUUCAGUUGAGAAGAAGUACUCAGAAGAUCAGAAGAGAUACUUCAGUACACUGCCCAAAGAUCGUGGCCCGCUCAUCAAAGAAUUGAUUCAAAAAUAUAAGGGGAUAAACAGUGAAGAACAAAUGCAAAAAAAAGAGAUGUUGACAAAUAAUAACUCUAUUAAAUUGUGUAACUCAGAAUCUAAUUCCCAGCCAGAUUAUGGCUUCCAUAAAGAAUUUUAUUAAAACUAUUCCCUUAUUUAGUUGAAAGAGAUCUUUUAUAAUUAAAAUGUAUUGAUUUUUAUUUCUAUGUCAAGAUUUUUAGUGUUACUCAGUGUCUUAAACUUCCAUAAGAGCCAGAUAAGGUUAUUUCGAUGGCACAUGGCUCACACAACUGCUUAACAGUAUAUCAUUAAGUUCAUCAAGUGUUUGCACUUAUUACAAUAUGUAAAUUCAAAUCUUUGGUGGACUGCGGGAUAAAGCUUGAAGGGUCCUUAGUUUGAGACUGCGUCCUCUAUAAACUCCUUCUGAGGGUUAAAUUUUCAGUGUGUUUGUCUCAUAAAUUGUGCAAUAAAUAAAAUGAUGUAACUGCGAUAGUUUGCUCCUCGUUCUAACUGAACUGUUCUAUUCGAUAUUAGUAAAAGUUUUCUUAUCCCAAGGAAUAGAGUCGCCCUCUGUUCAUCAAUUGUUACUCAUGAGUGCUUAAACCAAUUAAUUUGUCAUUUCCCUGCAUUUGUUUAUUAGUUGACAUUGCCAUAAAAAUAUGCAGAUUGAGCCAGCCACAAAGAAAGUAGCCUGCCUCCAGCUAUAGUAUGACAAGAUUAACCUGGAAGGGGUUGGUUUUUAUUCACUUACCCACAAGUUACAGUAGAUGUUGGGACCCCAGAUGCUGGGACCAAAGAUGCUGGAAAAGUGGUGUGUAAGUGAAUAAAAACUGUCCCCUUGCUCACUUAAAACUACUUUAUCAUGGCACACCCUUUCCAACAGCAGUUGCCCGAUGGUUGAAAGCAAAAAUAACAAAGAUCCCCCUGUGACAUAAUGCUGCCAUGUAAGCUGGAAUAACUGUGAAGUAUACAGUUUUCCUUAUGUUUAUGAUUAUUCCAUAUUUCAUAAUGUUUAACUGUGAUAUGAAGUAAUGUGCACUUCGGAUAUGGUGCAGUUGUAACACUGCAGUUUUUUUGUCUAGUAAAAAAUUAAAGUCAUUGAUUG